GUGAAGGGAGCCUGUCGUAAAAUGGUUGCAACAAUGUUGCCAGUAGAGAGUUCAGAGCUAAAAGUCAGUAGAUAAGAAACUUUUGUUAUUUCAAAGGCGCUUGUUGUAUUGUAUACUUAUGUUGAAUGGAUUCGAUUCGAGGCGCCUGUCCCAAGUCGGUUGCCUACGUUAGGGGAGCCCUAAACUGAAUUGAUAUCCAGCUAUAUUAGCGUUAAAAUGGCAUCAUUCAACGGAGGGGGAGGGAACCAUGUACUUGUGGAAGUGAGCCCAGAUAUCCACAUCUGUGGCUUCUGUAAGCAGCAGUACAAUAACUUUGAGGUCUUUCUGGCCCACAAGCAAAAUGGCUGCCAUAUACCCUCCUCUAACAUAUCAGCAUCUAACUCCGCACCCACUCUUACAGAUUCCAGCACAGAGUUUUUUGAGGAAGCCUACCAGACGUGUGUUAUGAGAGGUGUCAAAAAGAUCCUGACCAAAGCCCCCAAAACACCUUCCAAAAAAAUAAAACCUGCCCUGACUUCAAAGAGACGCAGCUGCUGUUUCUCAGGUUGCUCUUUCAAGACACAGUACGGUCAAAAAGACAUGGAGCGGCAUCUCAAAACUCAUACUGGUGAGAAGCCGUUUGAAUGUGAGCUGUGCCAAAAGCGGUUCAGCCGGAGGGACAAGCUGAACAUGCACCUCCGAUCCCACACGGGAGAGAAGCCUCACAAGUGCAAGUACUGUCCCUACGCUGCGGCCGACAGCAGCAGUCUGAAGAAACACCUCCGUAUCCACUAUGACGAGAGGCCCUUCAAGUGCCAAAUCUGCCCCUACGCCAGCCGCAACUCCAGCCAGCUCACCGUGCACCUCCGCUCACACACUGGGGAUGCACCUUUCCAGUGCACUCAGUGUGAAGCAAAGUUCAAGAUCAACUCUGACCUGAAGAGGCACAUCCGCAUCCACUCGGGUGAGAAGCCUUAUAAGUGUGACUUCUGUGAGUACCGCUGUGCCAUGAAGGGCAACCUGAAAUCUCACGUCCAGAUAAAACAUGGCACGUCCAACUCUUUUCCCUGCCCUGACUGUGACUUCCAGUGCACCAAUAAGACAGCCCUGCGGCAGCACUCGCGCGAGCACCAGCCCACUCAACCCAUCCAGUGCUCCAAGUGCAUCUACUCCUGCUCCAGCAAGGGGGCGCUCAAGGUCCAUGAGCGGAUCCACUCUGAAGAGCGACCCUUCAAAUGUGACUUCUGCAGUUUCGCCACCAAGCAGCGCAGCAACCUGGUCAUCCACAAGAAGAAGUGCCAUGCGGACAAACCUGAGAAGGGGGCAAGUGUUGGUGGGAAAGGAGGCAAAGCCAGUGUCGGUAAUGGAGAGGACCCUGCCAAGCCUGUGAGCUCCCGGUACCGGGCCAAGCUGGAUGCGACGCGGGCCUUCCGCUGUGACCUGUGCGAGGCAUCAUUUGUGAGGGAGGACUCUCUGCGCAGCCACAGGAAGCAGCACCGGGAAUCAGGCUCUGAACAGACUCUUUCCUUGACGCUCCAGCCCAUUACCUCCCAGCCCAGUACUCCCCCUCCACCAUGUCCCCUAGCUCCCCUGGCCCCCUACAGCAGUGCCCAGCUUAAGAUCAUAGUAUCCCACCCGUUGGGUCAGGAGGGCUCCUUCCAUCCCCUGCAGGCUGGGGGUUCCUCUGCCAUCCUCUUGAGCCCAGAGAGUCAGGACAUGGUGGUCAACUCCAUGAUCCAGCAGGUCAACCUGAGCCUCACGCCCAUGCAGCAUAUAGGAGGUCCAACAGACGGCGCUGGUCUGGAGCCUGGGACGGUCCUGCUGACACACCUCUCCUCAGAGGAUAGCAGUAACCCUCUGCACCAGGCCCUACUGCAGACAGCCAUUACCUCCCAGGUCUCUUCAGCAGCCCACAGCACACAGGCCUUCAUCACCACCUGCUCAGACCUGGAGGGCUUUAACGCUCUUAUCCAGGAGGGGGGCACCGAGGUUACUGUGGUGACUGAGGGAGGGAACCACGGUAACCUAGUCGCCACGGCCACCUCCAUGUUCCCGCCCCCGGACAUGAUGUGUAGCGAAGGUGGCCCUUCGGAAGACUUGGCCAAGCAGGCACAUGUAACAGUGUUGCAGGGGGUUGGGGACAAUAACAUUACCACCUGUGAGGAGGACAGUAGUCUCAUUGUCCCUAGCAUCAGUUUAGGCAGCCAGGGAGUGGUCAUCCACAGCUUGCCACUGGUGGUGACUGCCCAGAACCAGCCUGUUCUAGAACAACUCUCAGUCUCUACACAGAACCUCUAUUCAGUGUCGGACACACACAACAUGGACGGCCUCCAAGACUGACUAGAUCACCAUUACUGAAGGUCAACAGGUCAAAUAGAUAUUUAUAACAAACGGUGAGAUGGCAGCUAAUGUUCCGUUACAGAGUGAUGACUCUUGACUUUUGUCAUGCUUAGAUGAAUUUAGUUGUUAACCAUAAAUUCAGGCUUGAAUGAAGUAUGUUUGGUACAACCUAGUCAAAAUCGGAUUAUUUUAAUCUUUGACGUGUUUCCCAAUCAUGAACUUUCCAAUUCCGAUGAACACGAAGGCGAUGCAUUGCUUAAGGUGUCAUGAAACUGGGCAUUUCAGAAAAACAAAUUAAAACAAUAUCUGCUUGUG